AUGUGUUCUUUCAAUUUUGGAGCGACCUCCGGCGGAAGUGCUACCGGUGGUACACCGGGUUUCUCUUUCGCAGCUCCCCAACCUGCAGCAACAGGUGCAACCGCGGCCCCGUCUUUUGGGGCUGGGGCAGUUAGUGGCACACACGCUAAAACUGGCUUCAGUGGGUUUGGUGUGCCUAAGACGAGCACGCAAGGCACGACUCAGUCAGGGACACUCGGUGGCUUCGGCGGGGGGGCAGCACCUGCACCUGCAACAAGUGGAUUUGGUACGCCUGCUGCUACCGGGGGUGCGGCCGCGGCAGCCCCUGGUAAUGGAGGUUUAUUCGGUGGAGCACCCGCGACGAAAUCUGCGCCGUCAGCAGGUAGCUUCCCUGGCUUCGGAGCCAAACCGGCCGCUUCCACCACCGCAGGACAGCCACCCACCGCGCUUUCCUUCGGAAGCGGUGCACCAGCUUCAGGCACUGGUGCGCCUGCUGGUGGUCUCUUUAGUGGGGCCGCUCCCAGUGCCACAGGGACAAGCUCUGCAGCCCCUCAGACCAAUUUAUUCGGUGGUGGUGCACCCGCAACCACAACUGCGGCUGCAACUGCACCUGCACCUGCCGCGGGAGGGCUGAGUUUCGGAGCGGUCAAUGCUAAUGCACAGAAGCCUGCUACUUCUGGGCUGACUUUUGGUGCUGCGGGAGGCACCACCACCACAACUCCUGCUACCGGAUUGUUCGGUGGAACAUCAAAUGCGCCCAAACCAGCCGCCGGCGCAGCCUCUUCAACAUUGGGAGGUGCCGUAGGUUCUACUGACACUGCUGCUAGACCGGCUGGUAUUAGCUUCGGUGCCUCUGCUCCCGCCACAAACGGAGCCACUGCGCCCGCAUUCAAUAUGGGGGCGCCGGCAUCGGGUUCGGGUGCUGCUCCAAAGAGAGGCUUGUUCUCUAGUGCAGCUCCUGCAGCCUCCACUUCCACUUCCACUACGGCCCACGGAACAACUGCGACAGGCUCCACGACAGCACCAGCUGCCAAUGGGGCAGAUACAUUUAAAGCCCCCGCACCAGGUACCACGGCGUCUUCCAGUACAGCACAAUCGGCCACGGCUGCACCAGCACCUGCUGCCGCUGAUACCGCCCCAGCCCCAACGACCAAGCCAUCAGAGAUUACAAACAUGAAAGUACAAGAAAUUGUCGACUCAUUCAAUCGCAAGUUGGAGAUGCAUACACAAGAUUAUUGUAGGCACGCGCUGGAUAUUCGAAAUCUAGAUCAAAUGCUCAUCAAAAAUCAAGACGCGAUUGAGGGUGUUUUCGGUGAAUUAGAAGAGGUCAAAACCAUGCAGAAGAGGCUCAAUCAGGAAAUAGACUACAUCGAUGCCCACCAAAAAGACAUAGGCGAAUACAUAAACGAACAGAAAAGCCAAGCGCGUAUGAAUGGUGCGAAAAUGAAUGCGAGAGGGCAGGCUUACACAAGCGGGGCCAACCCUUCAGAUCGGAAGACAAUGUUAGAAACUCUGGAGGACGUGAAUCGGCAACUAAACAAGGUGGACGAACAACUUCGCGGCGUCAUAGAGACAGUGAACAGUACUACACAGGAUCCGAAUCAAGAAAAUACGAUAGACAAAGUCGUAGAUAUCCUUAAUUGCUACUUGGAGAGUUUGCAGUGGAUUGAUAGCAAUGCAGACAAGCUCGAACAACGCAUGGUUAUGACGAAGCAAGGCUUGGCGGAAGCACGACAAAACCUGUCCCGUUUGCACUACUAGAGAUUGGUCGUACUAGUAUUCGAAAUUAAACUUAUGUCCUGCUGACUGACACAUCAGAACCGAUACGGUCUCAUACCUCGAGUUGUGU